AUGGCUGCUGCACACCGCUGCCUCUCCCUGCUGCUCCUGUCCACCUGUGUGGCUCUGUUGCUGCGGCCGCUGCUGGGUGCCUGGGGAGCGCCAUUGGAGCCAGUGUACCCCGGGGACAAUGCUACGCCAGAGCAGAUGGCCCAGUAUGCGGCUGAGCUCCGCAGAUAUAUCAACAUGCUGACCAGGCCUAGGUAUGGGAAAAGAGAUAAGGAGGACACUCUGGGCUUCUUGGAAUGGGACUUCCCCCAUGCAGCUGCCUCCAGGGAGCUGAGCCCGAUGGACUUGUGAUGCCACCUCCCACCUUCUACAGUUCCACGGGCAGUGCCGACCCAGCUCUCCCCUGCACCCUUGGCUCUGGCCACAGAUUGCUCCCUGCUCCUACAUAGGCUCAAUAAAGCAAGUCAA